UAUCCUCAUUUAGAGGAGCUAUCCGCAAGCGGGCAACGAGGAAGCUCUUAAGAACGCAGCCGGAAAGAAGUUGAGUUACAGACAUCCUGCCAAAAUGAUUUCUUCAACAUCCAGAUUUGGCAUACCCUAUGGCCUCAAGACUCUACUCAAAGGAAUUAGCAGAGCCACUAUCAAAAGCAACCCAUCAAACAUCAACCAGUUUGCAGUAUUUUAUUUUAAAGAACUUAUUAUGUAUAGAGAAGGGAAUACUUCUCUGGAUAUAAAGGAUCUGGUUAAACAGUUUUAUCAGAUUAAAGUACAGAAGUGGUCAGAAGGAUCAAUAUGACCGAAGAAAGUAGAAUGUUUAAAAGAACCAGAAAAAAACAUCUGUAGAAUCUAAAGUACCUACACGGAUGGAAAAAUCUACAGACACAGAGGAGGACAAUGUAACCGGAACAGGAUAUAGUGACAAAACCACCCAGUUUCCAUCAACUUAUGCUGAGCUAAGCGCUGAGCAAACUGAGGCAGUUCAUGAUUCUUCUCCCAAACCAGCUACCCCUAAGACUACUACCCCACCCUCCUCACCACCUCCAACAGCUGUCUCACCAGAGUUUGCUGUCCCAGCUGACCCAGCUCAGUUUGCCGCUCAGCUGUUAGGUAAAGUUUCAUCUAUUCAUUUUGAUCAAUCCGAUGUUUUAAUGGUGGAUGUGGCAACCAGUAUGCCUGUUGUUAUCAAGGAGGUGCCGAGCUCAGAGGCUGCUGAAGAUGUCAUGGUGGCUGCUCCUCUUGUGUAUUCUGGAAAGGUACUAGAAGUGCACGUUGUGAGCCAACCAUCUGUCCAUGUAGAUUUGGGUUCUCAACCUAAAGAAAAUGAGGCCGAACUAUCAACGGCUUCCUCAAUCCCCUUGCAGGAUGAACAAGAACCUCCUGCUUAUGAUCAAGCUCCUGAGGUCCCUUUGCAGGCUGAUAUUGACGUUAUGUCAACUGUUCAUAUAUCAUCUAUCUAUAAUGAUGUGCCUACGACCGAAGGAGUAGUUUAUGUCAAGCAACUGCCAGAACAAAUAGUUAUCCCUUUCACUGAUCAAGUUGCUUGUCUUAAAGAAAAUGAGCAGUCACCACCAGUUAGUCCCAAACCUGUAGUAGAAAAGACAACCUCUGGCAUGUCUAAAAAAUCUGUAGAAUCUGUAAAACUUGCACAGUUAGAAGAGAAUGAAAAAUAUUCCUCAGUACAUAUGGAGGCAGAAGCAACAGCUCUGCUCUCAGACACAUCUUUGAAAGGUCAGCUUGAGGUACCUGAAGAACCCCUGGAUGCAGAGGGCACUAUCAAAAUAGGCUCUGAAAAAUCUCUGCACUUUGAAGUGGUGAUCACUUCAAUAGUCUCUGACAAAACUGGGCAGGAAGAGUCUGGGGAAAACUCUGCACCCCAGGAGAUGGAAGGCAAACCUGUGAUCUCUGGGGAAGCUGCAGAAGCAGGGUACUCAGGUACAUCUGUAAAAUCAUCUAGUGGCCCCUUCCCUUCUGCUCCAGAAGGUCUUACUGCACCAGAAAUCGAACCAGAAGGGGAAGCAACAGCUGAAUAAGGUUUGAUGAAGCCAGCAA